CUCAUGCCCAUUUCCCCGUUAAAGUUACCUUCAGCGAAGAUCCGUCGCUUCCUCCUCACUCAACAGCAGCACCACCACCAACCGAUCACCCAUGGCGGUGCUCUCGAUCGUGCCGCCGGCCACCCCACCCUCCCUCCUCGACUCAGACCCAACCCAAGACCUCUCCUCCCCAAACUCCGACCCAACCUCCCUCGACUUCGGCAACCCCGAAACCCUAACCCAAAUCCGAUCCCUCACCGACGUCGGCACGAUGACCCGCCUCCUCCACGAAUGCAUCGCCUACCAGCGCUCUCUCGCCCGGUCCGAUUCGUCCCUCCUCCUCUCCUCCCUCUCCUCCACCGCCUCCCUCGCCGAUCAAGUCUCCUCUCGCGUUCGCCAGCUCGACCUCGCCCAGUCUCGAGUGCAUCUCGCCCUCUCCCGCAUCGACGCCGCACUUCACCGUUCGCAGUCCCUCGACGCCGCCCGACGAUCGCUCGACGUCGAAGACUACGACUCUGCCGCCGCGUCGGUCCACUCCUUCCUCCAGAUCGACGCUCAGUUCCCUUCCUCCUCCGCCUCCGAACAACGGCAGCAACUUCUGGCCCUCAAAUCGAAGCUGGAGUCGAUCAUUAAAGCGAAACUCGCUGCUGCCGUCGAUGCCAAGGAUCACAACGCCAUCCUCCGUUUUGUUCGGAUCCUCCCGGCGCUUGGUCUGCAGGACGAUGGACUCAAGAUCUACGUUAAUUAUCUCAGGAGCGUUGUAGGUUUUAGAUCUAAGCUUGAAUUCGAGCAUUUGAAGGAGAUCUCUACAGAUCCGGCGCAGGACGCUGCUGGAUCUAAUUUUGUUGCUUGCCUCACGAAUUUGUUUAAGGAUAUUGUGCUUGCGGUUGAGGAGAAUGAUGAGGUUUUGAGGAAUUUGGGAGGGGAGGAUGGAGUUGUGUUUGCAAUCUCUAGCUUGCAGGAGGAGUGUGAUUCGAGGGGGACACAGAUCUUGAAGAGGUAUAUGGAUUACAGGAAGAUUGCGAGGUUGGCAACCGAGAUUAAUUCUAGCAGCAAGAAUUUGUUGUCCGUUGGGGUUCCUGAAGGGCCGGAUCCGAGAGAGGUGGAGACUUACUUGGAGGAGAUCUUGUCGUUGAUGCAUUUGGGGGAGGAUUAUACCGAGUUCAUGAUGUCGAAGAUCAGGGGAUUAGGGUUCGUUGAUCCUGAAUUUGGUUCAAAGGCUGUGAAGAGAUUAAGUAGUGGGAGUUUUAAUGGAGUGGUGCAGGAGCUAAUUGGGUAUUAUUUGGUCCUUGAGGAGUUCUUUAUGGUGGAGAAUGUGAGGAAGGCAAUAUCAAUCGAUGAGCAGCAACUAGAUAGUCUGACAACAUCAAUGGUGGAUGAUGUGUUUUUUGUGCUGCAGAGCUGCUGCAGGAGAGCAAUUUCGACUGGGAGUAUGAAUUCAGUGUUUGCAGUGUUGAGUGGGGCGACCAGUCUUUUGAGCCAUGAGUACCAAGAAGCUUUGCAGCAGAAGAUGAGGGAACCAAAUUUGGGGGCGAAGCUGUUUUUGGGGGGUGUUGGCGUGCAGAAGACUGGGACGGAGAUUGCUACUGCUUUGAACAACAUUGAUGUGAGCGCAGAAUACGUGUUGAAGCUCCGGCAUGAAAUUGAGGAGCAAUGUGGGCAGGUAUUCCCUGCUCCAGUAGAUAGAGAGAAAGUCAAAACCUGCUUAUCUGAGUUCGCUGAGAUGCACAAUGUCUUCAAACAAGUACUAAACGCAGGGAUGGAGCAGCUGGGAUCAACUAUCACACCUCGUAUCCGCCCAGUUCUGGACACUGUAGCAACCAUCAGCUACGAGCUCUCAGAUGCUGAAUAUGAAGAAAAUGAAAUGAAUGAUCCAUGGGUCCAGAAGCUUCUUCACGCUGUUGAGAGCAAUAUAGUAUGGCUGCAGCCUUUCAUGACAUCAAACAACUAUGAUCUUUUCGUUCAUUUGGUUAUUGAUUUCAUUGUGAAGAGAUUGGAAGUAAUAAUGAUGCAAAAAAGAUUCAGCCAGCUUGGGGGGCUUCAGCUUGAUAGGGAAGUUAGAGCACUGGUUAAUCAUUUCUCUGAGAUGUCGCAGAGGCCGGUACGAGAUAAGUUUGCUCGUCUGUCACAGAUGACGACGAUUUUGAAUUUCGAGAGAGUAUCUGAGAUUUUGGAUUUCUGGGGGGAGAAUGCAGGGCAUAUGACAUGGUUACUAACUCCUUCUGAGGUGAGAAGGGUUUUAGGUCUGAGAUUGGACUUUAAACCUGAAGCAAUUGCGGCACUGAGGUUGUAACUUGUUUUGUAUUCUUCUUCUUCUUCUUCUUCAUGUAAUUUUUUGGUUGCUGUUACUCUCUAAAUUCGAUGAGGUAAGUGUUGAUUUUCAAGUUUA